AUGACCAAUGUAUAUACUUUUAGACUGCUUGCUAGAGGUGCAGGACCAGAAGUAUUAAAGCUGAUAGUAGAUUUAAGUGUGAACGGUAGGACAAUGAAGCAAAGCCUAUUAUUAAGUUCACUGUUUAUAUGCGCAAAGUGUAAUGAUUCGGCAACGAAAUCUCAGGCAUAUAGUACUCUCCUAGAUGUAUGCAGAAUACCAACACAUUUGUUUGAAUUUGUUGGAAAUACCCGCGGAGGAUUAGGAUCUGGAUGGGGAAGGUCAAUGCGAUCAGGUAUUUCAAACUGGUAUAACAGUUUUGAGAACAACCCAAAACAGCUGGUAUAUUUGAUUACAAAGUAUAAGGCAAAACAUGGAUGGAGCCAUCGUGAUUUACUUAGACUAGCACAUAUUAAACCAAAAAAUCGUCAUAUUGAACUUAUCCUAAAUUAUAUAAAUUUCGGUUUAGUAAAGGCAAUGCGAUUAGCUAAAUAUGAUACAAGUCCUAUUACUGUUGAGAUCAAGGAGUUUCUCGUUGCCAUUGAAAAAACAGGCAACGCAUCUACGAUAGAUAUGAAUGAACUAAAAACUUUGAUAAUCAAACAUGAGUUAGUCAAAGAACAUAUAAAUAAUAAACUUCUUGGCAGUAAAGAAAUUUGGGAGUGUUUACUUCGCGUGAUGCCUGCAACUGCAAUGUUGCGCAAUUUAGGAAAAAUGUCAAAUCUCCUUUUACUUGAAGGUCAAUCGCUUGGGGAAGAUAUUGUAAUUAAAAAACUUGACAAUAUAAACAAAGAUCCAAGAAUCCAUCCGUUAACACUGUUUGUUGCGUGGUGCCAAUAUAUGGGUGGUCAGGGAGAUAAGGGACAUCUCACUUGGCCAGUCAAUAAAAACAUAGGAGAUUCAUUAGAAAACGCCUUUUUUCAAAAAUUUGGCUUUGUGCAACCGACACACAAGAAAAUAUGUAUAGCAGUAGAACAUGGUAAGGCUAUGCGAUGUCCAAGUGUCGGAACAUGCGUGGAAGAUCGAGAUGUAGCAGCUGCAGUGGCUUUAUCGAUAGCAAGAAUUGAAACGGAUUAUCGAGUUGUCGCUUUCGCAGAUAAAAUAAUGUGUUUGCCUAUGGAUCAGAAUACAAGCCUGUUGGAAGCAAUUAAAAUGUUUUGUUUGCCAUUUGGUGGUGGUAUUGACUGUACCUUGCCAAUUAAAUGGGCUGUUGAAACCAAAACGAAGUUCGAUGCUUUUGUAGUCUUUACUGGUUCUGAAUCAUUUAGUGGAAACAUUCAUUUUGUCGAAGCUUUAAAAGGUUAUAGAAUAAUUACAGAUAAUGAAGAUGUACGUGUGGUUGUGGUUGGGAUGUCCCAAAACGAGUUCAGUAUAGCAGACCCGUGUGAUCCAAGGAUGUUGAACAUUGUUGGUUUUGACAAAAAUGCACUAAAGACAAUUCAAAAUUUUUUGCAAACAGACUAUCAUAUAAUUAAAUCUAAAUACUCACUAACUGGAGAGCGCACAAUGUGCCAAGAUUUUCUCUACAAUUAA